UUGAAUGGUUUUGUGUCUGUAAAGAGAUCAUCUCUCACUGUGUUGCAUUAUUGCUUUCUCUGCAAACACUUCAUAACGUCACCAGUUUCUCCCAUGGAAUUCACCUCUUCAACUUCCAAAAUCCCACAGAUGUAUGAUGUGCUGAUUAACUUCAAUGGAGAAGACAUCCACAGGAAAUUUGUUUCUCAUCUCGAUUCUGUUCUCUCUGCUGCUGGACUCACCACCUUCCUUCACCACCAGAAUGCAGUCAACGACAUGGACAUCCAACAGCCUAUUCUCAAUCUUUGUCGGGUAGCAAUUGUUGUUUUCACCAAAACCUAUUCUCAAUCUGCUUGGUGUCUUCAUCAGCUUCAUCAAAUCAUUGAGUGGCACCAAACUUAUUCCCGACAUGUUUUGCCCGUAUAUUACGAACUUCAGCCAUCUGAUGUUCGUCUUCAAAAGGGUGAUUUUGGAAAAACCCUCAAAGCAACUGCACAACAAUCAUUUUCAGCACAACAACUGAAGCAUGGCAUGUCCAGGUGGAAACACGCUCUCAGCAAAACUGCAGAUUUUUUUGGAUGGGAUGAGAGUAAUUACAGGAGUGAUGCUGAAGUAGCGGACAAAAUUGUUAAGAGCGUUCUUAAUUUAGCGGUCUUGUCUGCUACUAAAUUUCCAGUUGGAUUACAAUCCCGUAUGGAAGAAGUGAUUCAAAUUAUAAAAAAAGAAUCCACGAAAGUUUGUACGAUAGCGAUAUGUGGAAAGGGAGGGUCAGGUAAAACCACACUUGCUAAAGCCAUUUAUAAUCAAAUUCAUGAUACAUUCACACAGAAAUUUUUCAUUGAAGAUAUUGAACAAAAACAACUUUGUAACAAUGAGAUGGGAAGAAGUUUGAUUCCGAAAAUAAUUUACGGGAAAAGGGUGCUCAUUGUACUCGACGAUGUGAGGUUUUCUUAUUAUUUAGAAAUGAUUGUAAGGUCACAUCUCCGUGAAGGAACUGUAAUAAUCAUUACAACAACAAAUCAAAACCCACCGCUCAUAAGAUAUCCUUAUUCUAUUUUUCAGAUAAACUUAAUGAACCCAAACGAGUCCCUUGAGCUUCUUAGUUGGCACGCAUUUAGAGAACCAAAACCAAAAGAGGAAUGUCAUUUCCUCGCAAAAAUGGUUGUUGAUUAUUGUGGAGGCCUACCACUAUCUCUUGAAGUCAUUGGAUCUUUUUUAUAUGAAAAGACUAAAGAAGAAUGGAAUAACGUAUUGUCAAGAUUAGAACGUGUUCCCCAGCACGAAGUUCUACAGAUAUUGAAACUGAGUUUCGACGGUUUACCUAAUGAAAUUGAAAGAAAUUUAUUCCUUGAUAUAUGUUGUUUCUUUGUCGGUAAAGAUAGAGUCUAUGUUACAAAGAUCCUAAAUGGUUGUGGAGUAAACGCUGAAAGUGGAAUAAGAAUUCUCAUAGAACGUAGACUCAUAAUAGUUAAAAAGAACAACAAGUUUGGAUUGCAUCCUUUGCUAAGAGAAAUGGGAAGAGAAAUUAUUGGCGAAAUUACUUCAGGAAAGGAACCUAAGAAGACCAGUCGACUAUGGUUUGAUAAGGAUGAAGAUUAUGUACUGUUAGAGCAUAUUCUAUUUUCAUCACAGGAAAAAAAAGUCAUUCAGAGAUUCCCUCCGAAAUGGUCUCUAACUAUAAGAGAUUUCUUCGAACGUGAUUAUUUAGAGGUAAGAGACGCAAUAGGAAGGAGGAAACUCGGUGGACAUUGUGAGUACCGCUCUAAGGAACUGGGAUGGAUUAGGUUGGCAAAGUUUUCUUCAAAAGACCUACCUAUUGGAUUUCUACAUGAUGCAAUAGCCAUUGAUUUAAAACACAGUCUUCCUCGACUCGUCUGGAAAAAACCCCAGGUUUUGGCAUCACUAAAAGUCCUUAAUCUUAGUCACUCCAAGUACUUGACAGAAACCCCUGACUUUUCGAGACUACCAGGUCUUGAACACCUCAUUCUCAAAGAUUGCCCAAGAUUGUGCGAAGUGCACCCAUCUAUUGGAGGUCUCUGCAAUCUUACACUUCUAAAUUUGAAGGACUGUACAAAGAUAAACAAUCUUCCCAGAGAGAUAUAUAUGUUGAAAUCUUUAAAAACACUCAUUCUUUCUGGUUGUUCCGGGAUUCACCUAAUGGAAAAAGAUAUAGUGCAAAUGGAAUCCUUGAUAACUCUAAUUACUGAAAAUACAGUUGUGAAACAAGUUCCUUUUUCAAUUGAAAGCUCAAAAAGUAUUGGAUAUUUAUCUCUACGAGGAUUUGAGGGAUUAUCACAUAAUCUUUUUCAUUUUAUCAUUCGGUCUUGGAAGUUGCCAUCAAUGACCCCCCUAUCUUAUAAUCAUUCCUUUUGCAUGGAUAUGGAACUUAAUAGUUGGGAUGAUAUUGCGCCAUUACGUAGGAUCUUUGUCAAUCUUCGAAGUGUUUUGUUGCAAUGUGAGACCGAGUUUCAACUAUCUAAGCAAGUACAAGAUAUUUUGGUCGAAUAUGGUGUAUAUAUUACAGAAUCAGACACUUCAAAGCAACACUUCAGGUCUUCUUUGAUCGGUGUUGGAAGAUGCAAAGAAUUCUUGGAUGCUUUCAGCGAUAGCAUUUCCGAGGUAAUUGCAGGAAGUGAAUCUUGUGAUGUUUCUCUUCCUGGUGACAAUGAUCCUAAUUGUUUGGCCCAUAUGGGUGAGGGAUAUUCUGUUUCUUUCACUGUGCCUCGGAAUGGUGACAUAAAGGGAAUGGCUUUGUGCAUAGUUUAUUUAUCAACCCCUGAAAUUGUGGCAACCGAAGGUCUUACAAGUGUCUUAAUUGUUAAUUAUACAAAGUGCACAUUGCAUAUACACAACCAUGCCACGAUAAUUUCCUUUAACGACAAAGAUUGGGAGGGUAUAAUAUCAAAUUUAGGAUCAGGAGACAAGGUUGAGAUUUUCGUGAUUUUUGGUGAUGGAUUGGUAGUGAGGAGAACAAUUGUGUAUCUUAUAUGUGGUGAAUCAAAUGACUUAGAAAAGGAGUCUCCGUCAAAGAAAAAUUCCCCAAUUAGAUUUAUAAAAAACUUGUAAGUGAUUUAUCCUCUUUCAGAACUGCACGAUCCCUUGAGUUAUGGAAUUAAUCCUUAUGUCCGUGAGUGGAAUUCAUUUGUAUAGCUUACAGUUAAGAAAUCCAUGUUUGUUAUCCUGUUUCUCGCUCCU